CACGAAUAGAAUCUUUCAAUAACACGUAACGUGGCAAGAGUUACCUCCCCUAUUGCUUGUGCUGCCAGCAAAGCCUGUCGUUCAACAGUCAAUACAGGUGUCAGAAUUUGACAGACACGGGAAUUCACUUAGAAUGAAUAUGGAUUUGACCUACUAUGGAGAUAUAACCAAGAUAAACCCAAAGGGGGCGUCUACCAAGACAUCUUUGCAAGAUCAACUCGAAGUGUCAGGAGUAGCUGCCUCUCAGUCUCUGGUCGCUGCUGAUUUAGCCGAGCUGGGCAAGCUGAAGAACAUCAUUGUGAAAGUUGGAGAGAGUCUCAACAUCUCCCCUGCUCUCAUAGCAGCCAUUGCCAGUCGAGAGUCUCGGGCAGGGAGACUGAUCAAGUCUACACAAGGCUAUGGUGAUGGAGGAAAUGGGUAUGGCAUCAUGCAGUGUGACAUCAACACCUCGGGGGUAGACUGGAAGAAGCACGCCUGGGACAGUGAAGGGCACAUUAAGCAGGCGAUACAGGAUGUUCUUAUCCCCAAGAUAACUGGCGUCCAGAACAAACACCCAAACUGGACCAAGGAACAGCAGCUGCAAGGUGGGAUUGCUGCUUAUAACUUUGGAGUGAAGAAUGUACAGACAGUGGCGGGGAUUGACGUUGGAACUACCGGUGACGACUACAGCAAUGACGUAAUCGCACGUGCUCAGCAUCUCAUUGACUGUCAUGGGUGGUAGUAGAGAUGUUGUAAAGAGUUAUAACCGUUUGGAGAGAAUAUGUUUUCUUUAAUGAUUAAAGUAUGAGCUAUUCCACUACAACUUAUACACCUACAUGUACAUGUGCUUGCAUAGUUCUUAGUACUAACAAGGUCAUAAACACUAUCUGGUAACGAUUCAUAUACACAAUGUUUAUGAUAUGGCCGGAGUUGUAUCAGGGUUUUGUCGCUUUUAUGUUGUAAAGUUGAGAUGACUUGGCAUGAGAUUCCCCGUGUUUCUGCAAAUAGAUGAUUGUUUUUCUGAGCAUAUUACAGUCACACGUAAAAUACACGAUAUAAAGAGAAAGUUAUACAAGUGGUCCAGACAAGGUUAUUACAAAGUCAAUCGUGCAUUGCCUUUUAUGCUCCAUUUAUAUUACUAGUGAGAUAUAUCCAUAUAAAAUUGCUGUUGCAUACCUAAAUCACUCUCUCCUUGUCCGGAUCCAUACCAGAGGAUAUUCAACAUAUAAUUCUACAUUCUGUUUUUGCCAUAUGUUUUCGUAUCCAACCUUAACUUCUUAUAUAUUAACGUAAUAUUAUAACAUUUCUUAGCUAACCGAUAGGAUGGCAUAUUUACUGGCAUUUCUAUUUCUUCAAACUUAUUUAAUCCCCAGACUUCUGCCCAAUAUAGAAAUAUUGGAUUUAUCUUAACAUCAAACAUUCCAAAGAAUGAUGUAUGGUUUAUAUCUCCAAAAUACUGACAUACCUUAGUGUUUCUGCUUGAAUUGCUGCAUAUUUUGCAUGUGAUGCCCAGGAUCAUACAACAUCAUCAUCAUAUAACACUUACGUGGUAAAAGGUAACAUUUCAUAUUAAGUGUUUUCAGCCAUUUGUUAUCAAUGUGAUAUAUUGGGAUACAUACAAUGGUUCACAACGUCCACACUCCCUCCCCAUGCACCAGUACAUUUGAAGUACAUUGUUUCGUACCUCAAAAUCUUUUACACGCACAAAGAUGAAUUUAUUGCUUUAGAUUCACUUUGUCCCAGUACUUCAGCGCCAAAUAAAAAAUGGGAAAAUCUUACUAUCCAAACUCUUAAAGGACGUCUUGGAGUAGAGAUCACUUACCUUUUGUACACUAUGUAACAGUCCGAACAGUAGAUUCUUCCCUUGAACCGCUGCAUUAUUAAUAUGUUGCUUUCACAACUUAUUUGAAAAUGUAACCACCUACUAUUUAUAAGAAGUAACUUUCCCAUAUUUUGCCUUUGAAAUACCAUACCUUUUUUGCUAGUAUAUAACCUUUACUGAACACAAUAACCCAAGUCGUAUCUAAAAUAACACUGAGCCUCCAAUUAUUACAAUAUAGUUCUUAUUGUGUUUGUAUCAGCCUUUGUAGGUAUUUUAUAGUACAAUGGAAACGUAACAAUUUCAUCUGCAAAGAGUUACAUAAAUAUUUUAAUACUGUCUGCGUGUAUUCGAAAUUCCCCAUAAUUAUACCGUCUUAUCUGUUCAGCAAAUUAACCAGUAUAGAAUGAGAAGAGAAAAUGGCUUAGCACACGGUCUUGUCGCACACAGAGUCACAAGUAAAAAUCUUGAUAGAUAUAUAAUAACUUUACCGUUUUAUUACUCCUCCUGUGAGAACGAAUAAAACACUAAUUUUACUUCUUGUUACAGAAUCAAAUUGUUUAGAGAAGUCCACAAACAUUACAUAUAAGUUUCUAUGCUUACCCUGUAUAUAUCUGUAAAUCUGUGGCAACAGUGAAACCAUCGUCUAUUUGAUUCCAGUGAAACUGUCUCUGGGGCGGUCGGGUAGCCUCGUGGUUAAAGCGUUCGCUCGUCACAAUGUGCUAAGCCUAUUUCAGGUGUCCCCCGCCGAGAUUUUCCUGGAAUAUUGCUAAAAGCGGCGUAAAGCCAUACUCACUCACUCACUAAAACUGUCUCUUCAUUCAGCGCCACUAAGUACAUUUGUUUUAAUUUCUACAAAUAAACAAAGUCUAUGUAC